CUUCGAUUGUAGGAAGUGUCAGUCUGAUGACUGAAGUCACGUGAUUUCUGAUACUUGCUACUGAAAAUCCGUAAACAUUAGUUGUAGUUAGAAAACUCAGAGCAUAUCGCGCACAAAGAGUUCCGUGGUAUUACAUUUUAAUCAUGCAGAACGUUAUCAAUUCUGUGAAAGGCACAGCUUUAGGAGUGGCUGAGUUUCUAACUCCCGUGCUGAAGGAGUCCAAAUUUAAAGAAACUGGAGUUAUAACACCUGAGGAGUUUGUUGCUGCAGGAGAUCAUCUAGUUCAUCACUGCCCCACAUGGAAAUGGGCAUCGGGAGAAGAAGCAAAGGUGAAGCCGUACUUGCCCAUGGAUAAGCAGUUUCUGUUAACCCGUAAUGUGCCAUGUUACAAGCGUUGUAAACAAAUGGAGUACUCUGAUGAGCUGGAGGCCAUAAUAGAAGAGGAUGAUGGAGAUGGAGGAUGGGUUGACACUUAUCAUAACUCUGUGAAUGGAAUGUUGGAGGCGGUUCGUGAAAUCUCUUUGGAUAACAAAGAUAAUAUGAAUAUGAACGUCCAAUUGGGCAGUGGAAUUAGCGAUGAUGAAGAGGAGGAAGAGGCAGCAGAUAUGAAGGAUUAUGAAGAAAGUGGGCUUUUGGGAAAAGAUGAGGCCACUCUUGACACAAGUAAAAUGGCAGAUUCAGCUAAGUGGAAGGCUGAGGCAAGCGGAGAUGACGACAUUCUUCAGACAAGAACCUAUGAUCUGUACAUAACUUAUGACAAAUACUAUCAAACGCCUAGGCUGUGGCUUUUUGGAUAUGAUGAGGAAAGACAACCACUCACUGUUGAUCAGAUGUAUGAGGACAUAAGCCAGGAUCAUGUUAAGAAAACAGUCACCAUUGAAAACCACCCACACCUGCCUCCUCCUGCUAUGUGCUCUGUGCACCCAUGCAGACAUGCCGAAGUGAUGAAGAAGAUAAUUGAGACUGUGGCUGAAGGUGGAGGAGAGCUUGGCGUUCAUAUGUACCUCUUGAUUUUCCUGAAAUUUGUGCAAGCUGUUAUUCCAACAAUAGAAUAUGAUUACACAAGGCAUUUCACUAUGUAAUGUCCCAGAAUUGCAGCUGAAAUUCUUCAUUAAAGAGAGCUGUAUGGACCUGCAGGCAGUGGCCAGCAAAACAUUUACACAAGAUGAUUUAAAUAAUUAUAUAAUGUUUUAUGAAUUUGCAUGGGUAAGUUGGUUAAAUGAUUAAUUGCCUCAAUAUUCAGAGCUGUAACUUCUCUGGAAAUUCUCUGAAAAUACUUUGUAAUUCUCUAGGGCAAAUUUUGUUUAAAAUUGCAGAGUUAGUAUUUGUCAUGCUUGCCUUAUGUUGGAAAGGGUUAUACUUACACUGGAUUGGAACUUCUCCACUAACCAAUCUCUUAUGUAUUACUGGUGAAUAAACUGCUUUAAAAAUAAUCAUGCUAACCAACAUAACUUCUGCUUGUUGCAACCUCUGACUAAGUCUGGAAUAAACCGUGUAAGAAAAGUGCUGCACCUUUUGAUUCUUACAGUAGUAUAAUUUGACAAGUUGUUUGAAUGAUUUGCUAUUUAAAUGUUUGAAAUAUUGUCCAUUCUCAAGGGGGCAGCACAGUUAAUAGUGCUGCGUACAGAUCAAGCUAAAUGUAGCUGUAGUUGUUUUCUCAGUAAGGAGAUCCAAACUUAGUCAUGACAUCAGAAAUAUCGGUUUCUGGUGUUCUUGAAGAAGUUGUCAAGAGGUUUUAAAAUAUCCUUCACAAAAUUGUUUGCGUAAAGUGCCAAUGUUCUGAUGCUUCUGUGUGUUUUUUUGUUUGUUUGUUUGUUUUUUCCCCUCUGUUCUGUUGUUCCUGCCAGAGGCAGUGCUUUGCCACAGUGGACCCCUGUGUGACCAUUAUGUUUGGGCCCUUAUCAUGUUACAUAUCCAAAUAAAGAAUUUAUGUACACCUA